AGCGCCGGGAGAAAAUCGCGUGACCUGCCGGUUGGGCAGAGCGGCGCAGGGAGCUCAAGGUCACAUGACACUCUCUCUACGCGGGAUUGGCUUCGAUGGCUCCUAGCGUCCGCUGCGCUCGGACUGAAGGUUAAACGGAGUAUAGUUCUAUUUUAUUUUUCCGGUGUAAGAAACCGGGUUCCGAUUGCUCACAAACACCUAGAACGUAGUCAAUCCAAGUCUCAUUGACUAUGGUCUCCAUUAUCCUUUCAACAGGUGGCGCCAAGUUCUUUGUCUGUUAAGUUUUAGCUGCAAUGGAAAGCUCACCGGGUGCCAAGCGUCGGAAAUGUUACUUGGCAGAGAGUGAGCCUUUUGUGAUGCCUAGAUCAACGCAAUAUUUUCACAGUACAAGGGAUGCUCAGGACCCUGGAGACCCCCCUCAUGACGUGCUCACCCCGUUAACUCGAGUUCCCCAAGCACUAAAAUCCGCUGGGAAUAAUUCUGAUGACGAGGACUGCCAUUCCGAAGAAUCCGAAUUGAGCACAGAUGCCGAACGCGAGCGUUCGGAAUCGUUAAAUGCUAGCGACGAGAACUACGAUGUUCAAGACGACGUCGUGAACUCUGGUGAGGACUAUGGAGAUGAUGAUGACGAGAUGAAUGGAAAUGACCCUGUACCACAGCCCUUGCUCGAACACCUUCUGUCGUCCUGUUUCAAUCAGUUCGGGACGGAGACACUUCCCCAUUCUACGACGACAAAAGCCGGCGCCAUCGCCAUGAUAAUGGCCCACGUCGUAUCGCAGGGCAUGACGUGGUCGGGCCUCGAUUCUUUGCUCGUGCUCAUCAAUGCCCUGUUUGGAAGGCAAGUCGUGCCGCAAAGCAAAUAUGCUUUCCGCAAGCUUUGGUCAGCAACGACGCAAAACUUGGUUCGCUACUACUACCUUUGUGAGGGCUGUGGAGCAGUUCUGGAAGACGCAGAGACUGCAGCCAGCUGCUCAGUGUGCCAGCAAGGGAUAGAUCUGAAGGUGCUAAAAGAGAAUGGAUCCUACUUCGUAAUGCUUGACAUGACGAAGCAACUGUCCUUCGUUAUUGAGAAGACCAAGGAGCUUCUUCACAACAACCUCCUGAAGCUUGCCAUGGAACGUAGUACCUCAUCAAGCGGAAGUGGUGUCACUGACAUAACAACAGGUGAAGCCUAUGAUGCUCUGCGCAGAAAGACUGGGAUGGGGGACAGUGAUCUUUCUUUGACUUUUAACACAGACGGCAGUCCUCUCUUCGUGUCAUCCAAAACGUCUGUUUGGCCUAUUCAAUUCACUGUGAAUGAGCUCCCUCCAAGCAUCCGCUUCAAGCACACCACACUAGCCGGACUUUGGUUCGGAAAAGGCCAUCCAAACAUGACUGCCUUCCUCGCAAAGUUUGUUGAUCAAGUCAAAAGCAUGACGCCCGUGAUGUGGGAGCAUAGCUCUGAGAUGCACAGGUCCAGAGCUUAUGUGCUCUGCUGCUGUGUCGACGCACCUGCGAGGGCAGCAGUUCAGAACAUGGUACUUUUCAACGGCUCGUUUGGAUGUCCCUGGUGCCUCAUAAGUGGGGAACACCUGGAAGGAAGCAUGCGCUACGUGCCCAAGGAACCACCGGCUCCAAGAACAUCUGAGCUUGUGGUCCGAGAUAUGCAGCUUUCCUUGAGAUUGGGGAUCACCAUAAAUGGAAUCAAGGGUCCUUCUCCGCUAAUGAAUCUACCAGGAUUUGAUCUUGUGGCCGGAGUGAGCGUCGAGUAUAUGCACGCCGUUCUUCAAGGAGCAGCAAAGCAGUUUACAGAACUGCUGCUUUCUUCAUCCAACUCUCAAAAACGGUUCUACAUAGGAGCACCAUCCUGCGUGGCACGGGUCAACAGCCGCCUCCUCCAGAUCAAGCCACCACACUGUGUGACAAGGCUGCCUCGUUCACUCAACGAGCGCAGUUUCUGGAAAGCGUCAGAGUGGAGACUCUGGCUUCUGUUUUACGCUCUUCCUUGCCUCGUGGACAUUCUGCCUCUGGAGUAUUGGAAACAUCUCUCCAAGCUCUCGCAAGCAAUACACAUCUUGCUACGUGAGACCAUCACAGCCGACGAGAUCAAGCGUGCAGAAAAUCUGCUGAUCGACUUUGUUGGUCGCUGUGAGGCCUUGUAUGGAGUGGCUUCGCUUACGUUCAACGUGCACCAGCUCCUCCACCUGCCAAACUCCGUGCGUCAGUUGGGACCACUUUGGGCGCAAUCCGCAUUUGUUUUCGAGGGAGGAAACGGAAAGUUGGUGAAGCUGGUCUCUGCAGCUAGAGGACUUCCGGAUCAAAUCGUAGAGCGAGUCGUAAUGACGCAGCAGCUUGAAUGCCUUCUGGCAGAUAGCAACGUGGCAAUCACUGCCAAUGAGCGGAGUGUGUGUGAAAGAUUUCUUGAUUAUUCACACAUCCAGAAUGCCUGCUAUGUUGAUGAAGCAUGCUUGCUAGGACGUGAAAAAGCUGCCAUUCUAACAGCUAUCGAGGAACGUGCGCUAGAGGUCUACGGUGGGACAGGCACAGUUGGCAGCGCUUUGGAAUACCAGCGUUUUGUGUACAAGGGGCAGGUGUUCCAUAGCACCGCAUACACAAGAGCUUCAAAGAGUGACACCACUGUAGUGUCAACUGCUGAUGGGGAGUAUUUCAGAAUUAAGAGAAUUCUCCAUGUUGCUGGUCUCGGGUGCACGCUCCUUUGCAGACGGCUGGUGUUACGGGAGACACCACUCUUUCCUGAGCAUAUAAAGGAAUGUUUUCCUUCGCAGGUAGACAUCUGUAAGGUGCUGAAACCCGAGGACAUUAAGGCCAACUGCCUUUUCAUGGUGUUUCCGGCUGACAGCAAGUGCUUUGUGUGCGACAUGCCGAACAAAAUUGAGAGGGACUAAAGUUCUUUAACAUGUAUACAGGGCUUUUUUUUCCUCAUUCUUUACAGAAUUUAAAAAAGUGUGUGUUGGGUACAUAGAUUCCGUCUUCUCUGUGUACUUCUGGGGCUCGGCAGACAUUAGAUGAGUGGAUAAACGUCACAAUAUUUUGACUAAUUAAUCAAAAUGUGUUGAUUGAUGUUUUAAUUAACAGUUUAAUGGGCCACAUACACUAUCAGUUUUAAAGAGCGCAAUGUCUAUCUGCCAUUUAAGUGAUGCGACAGCUCUCUAUGCUGUAGAUGAGCAAUUUAGCCAGUGCAGUGUAACCGCUAGACUCGGGUCUUUAAUGUGCAUCAUGCAAUAGUAAUACACAAACAUGUGCCAGCACGAUGCUCAUCCAGAUCGAAAUGGGUAGGGGUUGUGGAUAGAACCGAAGAAUAUUACCGCUUGCAUGUGAUCGCACAUACUUCAUUACUUUUCUCUUUCAAACUUAAAAUGCAUUUGGUGGUGCAUGUUUGUGCACUUUUUGGCUUGAGUUUGCUGUGCUGCGCUUGAGCAGACCUCUAAAGAGGGUAAUACCUUCUUUUGGGUAAUGAUGCAGAGUCGUUGCAUUUCAUGCUUUGUCAUUGUUGAACUUCACUGUCAUCAACCAUGUUCUAUUUAUGUCCUUUGCUGCUUGUUUUAGAUGCUAUAUUCUGUCAAAAUGGUUUUAUUGUGUAAAGCAUUGCAUAUUAUCAAAUGUACUAAAGUGGAAAGAAAAAUAAAGCACUGCUGCCUGAUUGCACUAAGGGAUAAAGACCACUACCGGGUGGUCUGUGUGUCGGGCCCAGACUUAAAUAGACCUAAAAUUCGGAUUUCUGAAGUACAACACUGUAAUUUACCAUACAAGUUCAGCUAGGUGGUGGAAAUUUUAUAUGUGAUAAUAUUGAUGAAACUUGCUCGAGUCAAAAGUUACAAAUAAAAACAUAAAAAGUUGCAUGAGCCGACAUAUGGUUAAGCCUUUUCCUCUCAAAGCUAGAAAACGUUCUGGUCCACUGGAACGUUUUAUGAACAAAAACGGGGAACACCAGUAAGAUGAGAGCUUUUUCUUUCCCUUGCACUUUUUGUUAAAUAAAACGUUUUAAUGGCCUACGAGGAUGCUUUUUUGGUUUCGGAAUGAGUAUUCUUGUGUAUUCCUUCGUAACUUUUGACUGAGCCAAGUAUUUUUUAUCACAUCACUAAUGAAAUCCACGACCUUGCGAAACUAAGGUAGUAAAGUACAGUGCCAUAGUUUACAGAUCUGAUUUUUGCUAUAGGUCUCGGACCGACAUAUGCUGUUAUAUGAAAGUAUUGACGUCGGGUAUCUCAAAGGAUGGUAAUUGACUGAGUGAUUUAUUUGCACUUAAAUUGGUCCGUACACGGCGGUCUGCCAAGCAAAGCAGAUAGGCAAAAACCCUUACGCGUGUGUCUCUGCCAGCCUGCUGCUGUGUCCGUUGGGAGUAAUACUACCCAGCUUUAGAAUUAAGCAUUAAAAUUAUGAUGGCGGUGAUGAUGGAGGUGGUGGUGAUGACGAUGAUGUUGCUGGUGGCGGUGGCAAUGGUGAUGAUUCAAGAGGAGAGGGUGACGGAGUGAAGAUCAUGAUGUCUGCAGAUGCGAAGGCAUUCGUCUCGCAAAUACCUUGCAAAGUUCCCGGGAUUCAUCGUGUGAUGUGGGCAGAGGGCUACGAGAAGCUAAUGGGAUGGUCAAAAAGUCUCUAAUGGCGGCGGGCAGUAGGGAUUCGCUGUGACGAACAGUCCUGCCUCGAAGAAGUUCGAGCUGACCUGAUCUUCUACCGAGACGCACGGCGGCCGAUAGGCGAGUCCCCGAAAGAGAUUCAUUGAGCAAUCGGCA